AUUCUUUUUUUCUUCUUUCUGUCAGUUCUGUGGCUCCACUGUGAUGUCGUGGCUCUCCUUCACUCCUUGUCUCUGUUGACAACACUGCAGGCUGUUUAUUACUUUGUCAGAAACUGUGUCCUUGUUCAUUCUGUUCCAUUGCUCUAAUAUUUUGUCGUCCCCUUGUCUGUUCUCACCACAGUUCUUCACAAUCUCUAGUUUUUGUGCUCCUACUGCUUCACUUACCUCUCCUUCACCUCCAUCCUCCUCCACCGGAGCUCGACCUGUCUCUGAGCAGCUCUGCACUCGAGCAUGAUGGGAAAGACAGAGCUGUAUUCUCUGUAUAAGGGUUUUCUGGACUGUAUUUGCCUUUGCCUCUCUCGGAGCAGCGAGGAGGAUGUGGACACCAACAAGAGGGACACUGAAAAUGGUCACCUGAUCUAUAAAAUUGGGGACAUCGUUGAAGACCGAUAUGAGAUAGUGGACACUUUGGGUGAGGGGACCUUUGGGAAAGUGGUAGAGUGUGUGGACUUCAACAGGAAAGGUCAUGUUGCUCUGAAGAUCAUUAAGAACCAAGAGAAAUACAGGGAAGCAGCUAAACUGGAAAUCAAUGUGCUAGAGACGAUCACAGAGAAAGACCCGCACAACAAGCAACACUGCGUGCAGAUGCUGGACUGGUUUAACUAUUAUGGCCACGUUUGCAUCUCCUUUGAGCUGCUGUCUCUCAGCACCUUUGACUUCUUGAAGGCAAACAGCUUCACGCCUUAUCCCAUUAACCAGAUCCGACACAUGGCUCACCAGAUCUGCCACGCUGUCAGCUUUCUCCAUGACAACAAGCUCACUCACACUGACCUGAAGCCUGAGAACAUCCUCUUUGUCGACUCAGAGUAUUCCCUUGUAUACAAUGCUGAGAAGAAGUGCAGUGAGAGGAGAAUAAACAACACCACAGUGCGUCUCAUUGACUUUGGCAGCGCCACCUUUGACCAUGAACACCACUCUGUUCUCAUCUCCACACGUCACUAUCGAGCCCCAGAGGUCAUUAUGGAGCUGGGUUGGGGUCACCCAUGUGAUGUCUGGAGCAUCGGCUGCAUCCUGUUUGAAUACUAUGAAGGCUUCACACUUUUCCAGACGCACGACAACAGGGAGCACCUUGCCAUGAUGGAGAGAAUACAGGGACCAAUUCCUCAGAGAAUGAUCCAGAGGAGCGGGAAGUUCUUCUAUCGAGGGCGCCUAGACUGGAAUGAGUGUUCCAAGGCUGGACGCUACGUGAAAGCCAAGUACAAACCACUGAGGAAGUACUUGCUGUCACAUGGGAUGGAACACCACCAGUUCUUCAAUCUCCUGGAGAGGAUGCUGGAAUACGAGCCCUCAAACCGCAUUUCUCCUACUUCCGCUCUGUGUCAUCCCUUCUUCCUGUCCGUCACUGACCCAGGAAGGAGCCACAGCUGGAGAAACAGCUGCGAUAUGAGUGGAUGACUAAAGAAGUGGUCUGGUCAAAUAAGUGGCAACAAACUAUGGCAAAUCUAAGAGGAUUAAAGCAGGGCAGUCUCAUAUGGUCCAUAUAUGGUCAUGUGCAUUACUGUGAUAAAAAAGUGAGAGCGCAUGAAAGAUGAGACAGUCUUAAGUGAGGUACAGAACAUUUCCCUGACCACGUUUGAAUGUUCUGACUCUUUAAAAGGUAUUUUCCUGUGUCACUUCUUGUGUUAUUUUUGUCUGAUAAGAAAGAUGCUGAAAAACAUGUGAUAGCUAGUACGUUACAUUAUUAUUAUUGUUGUUGUGCUGCUGGACAGUUGUCUAUGUGGAAAAUGUUCUGUGCUGCAUCAUAACAUUUUACCUCUGAAGAAAUAUAUACUUGACUUUAUCAGAACAGGGUGAAACAAAUUUCAACAGCCUGCCAAACGUUUUGUGUCAAACACAAAGUGGUGCAAACUAAUGUGACUGGAACUGUGGGGCAAAAACACAGUUGUUGUUUAUGUUAUUACGCUGCCUUUGUUGGUCUUUGUGAACAGAGACAGUGUAACAGUUGUUGUAUGUUGUGUCCUUCGUCUGAUACUAUCAGACCUGACUGAGGGAGCGUUUGUGUGUAUACAGCAGCAGAGCCAAGACGGGCGGGUACGAAAAUAAUUCUGUGUUUGACAAUGAUUGGAAUCUGACAGACAUUUGUGAAUAUGUGAAGCAUUACAUUUCCUUUGUAUCUCUAAAUUUGAAAUGAUAUAUAUAUAUGAAAUAUAUAUAUAUAUGAAAGGGUUGCAUUUGCAUUCUGUGAGUCAAUUUAAUAUUAUUCCAUUAUUUUUAUUAUAGACUGUUUUGUGGAAGGACUUCAGUGAUUCAUUAAAUUGACUUCUUCUGAUUUCCAUGUUUGUGGCCUCUCGGCACAUCUGUGCUUGGCACGUCUCACGUGUCGCAUGUUCAUGUCCCUGCCAUUGACUCGCAGUCGUCCUCUGACAGCGUGAUUGAGAGCAGCGACUCAAGGCUGAGCCAACUUUCCUCUUCAGCCUUGGCAGAGCUGAGGGGAACUCAGUGUUGGCAUAUGUGAGCCUGACUGAAUGAGACCUUCGCCUCUAGUGCGAAUGUGUGUGUUUUUGUCGGUGCCUGUGUGUGUGUGUGUGUGUGUGUGUGUGUUAUACGUGUGGAUAUAAUCUUUCUUGGCAAUUCUAAGACUAAUUUUAGGCUGUUAAUGAGCAAGAAUAAUGCUCAAAUUCAGUUAGAGGAAUUUGAGACUUGUUGAAGGAAAGAUUUUGUGUUUUUCCUCACAGCUUCUUAUUAUCUCACCUUUCUUUACAUACUUUGUAAGAAAUUUCUAUUUGUAGUGGAAUUGAUAUAAAGCAUCUAUACGUGGUACAGAUAACAUUGCUUUUAUCAUCCUCAAUGAUUUUAAAAUGGUUCUGCUUGAGAAAAAGACAAAUAGUAAAACAGUCCAAGGAACCUGGAUGUAAACGAUUGAUAUUACAAAUAUUUGGUCCAAUUUACACACAGACUUAAAGUGAGGAGGACAAGACUGAGCAGUGAUCACACAAACAGGCUGACGUGACACCUGCUCCAAUAAAAUAACGUCAACACAAACACUGUGUGUGUGUGUGUACUUGGUAUUCCUGAUGUUGUGACCUAAUUCUGUGAACACACUCACAUUAUAGGCACCUGUCUUCCUUAUGGGGACAAAAAUCAAGG